CUGACAGACAUUAGACGCUCAACGUUCUCCGCAGCCGGAUAUGCGGCGUUUCGCCCGUCGUACCCGGCGUCGCUCUACAAGACAAUACUGGCAUAUCACAACGCGCAAUCAGCAAACGGCACAGCGCUAGACCUGGGCUGUGGCCACGGCCUCAUCUCGCGAGAACUCGCCUCGCACUUUGGCAAGGUGGUCGCCAUCGACCCGUCGGCGGGUAUGGUCAAGCAGGCGUCCGAGUCGACCAAGGACCCCAAGAUCACGUUCCGGCAGGGCAGCUCGGAGGACCUCUCGUUCCUCGAGGACAAGUCGGUCGACCUCGUCGUGGCGGGACAGGCGGCGCACUGGUUCAACUACGACAAGGUGUGGCCGCAGCUCGCGCGGGUGGUCAAGAGCGGCGGGACGCUCGCGUUCUGGGGGUACAAGGACAACAUCAUCGUGGGGUACCCCGAGGUCAACGCCAUUUUCGAGCACUUCUGCUACGGGGAGGGCGAGGCGUCCGCCGGGUUCUCGUACGAGACGAUGGGGCCGUACUGGGAGAAGCCGGGACGUCAGAUCCUCCGCGACAACCUGUCGGUCGUGAAGCCGCCCGAGUCGGAGUGGGAGCGGGUGAAGCGCAUCCUGUACGACCCGGACCGGACGACGUCGCAGGUCGGGCCGGAUGUGGCGCCCGAGGCGGCGUGGCAGCGCAAGAAGCUCAAGCUGGGCGAGUUCGAGGGCUACGUGCGGACGUUCAGCGCGUACCGCGGGUGGAGGGACGCGCACCCGGAGGUGACGAGCCGGGCGGAGGGCGGGAGCGGGGAUAUCGCGGACGCGUUGUUUGACCGGUUGCUGGAGACGGUGCCGGAGUGGAAGGCGAAGGGCGGGGAGUGGCGCGAUGUCGAGGUCGAGGCGGUCUGGGGGACGACGAUUAUCCUGGCCAAGAGGAAGUGA